AUGUCGAGAGCCUUAGCGCGUCGCCCGGUACCUCCUUUCCUGAAACUUCGCUCCACAGUGUGCGAUGACGGCUACUGGAUGGGCAGAUUGGACCACAAGGACUGGCUCGCACCAAACGAGGUGCUCAAGAUAUUGGUGAACAUCAGGGACUCUAGCCUGAUAAACAAUGUAUUCAAGAAGGCAUGCAGCCGGAGAGACUACAAGCCCAGCGAGGCGCUCUACAGCUUGAUGAUCGACAGGCUGGCCUGCGCCAGGAGGUUCAGUGACGUGGAGGAGUUGCUGUCCAAGGCAAGAACUGAAAAGUUCAGGUUUUCAGACGAGUUCUUCUACAGGCUGAUCAAGAUGUACGGCAACGUGGCAGAACAUCCUCAGAAAGCCAUCGACACGCUCUUUGCAAUGCCUGGGUAUAAUUGUUGGCCUUCUACCAAGACAUUCAAUUAUGUUCUUCACAUGCUUGUGUGCAAGCGGCAGUACGAGGUCGUUCAUGAGGUCUACUCGAGCGCGCCCAGGCUUGGGGUGACAUUGGAUACCUGCUCCUUCAAUAUUCUUGUCAAGGGUUUGUGCCAAUGCGGUAAAUUUGAUGAGGCUAUCUCCUUGCUGCAUGAGAUGCCGAAGCAAGGGUGUCAGCCUAAUGUGGCAACCUACUCGACCUUUAUGCAUUUCCUUUGUCAGCGUAGUCAGGUUGAUAAAGCAUUUGAGCUGUUUGAGAGAAUGCGGAAGCAGGAUAUUGCUGCAGAUACAGUUGUGUACAAUAUUUUGAUCUCUGGUCUCUGCAGGCAGGAAAGAGUGUCUGAGGCAUUCGAUCUCUUCAAAUCAAUGACUUCUGAAGGGUGCUAUCCUAAUUCAGGGACUUAUCAGGUACUUCUCGAUGGUCUCAUCAGUUUAGGAAAGUUUUUUGAAGCCAAAAGCCUUGUUAACACUAUGACUAUGAGUACAGAAGGUGUGAGGCCUAGCUUCCAAUCAUACAAGCUACUGAUUGAUGGCCUCUGUAGUGAUUACUGCGUGGAUGAUGCACAUCUUGUCUUGAAGCAAAUGGUGGGCCAAGGUUUUGUUCCUCGGAUGGGCACUUGGACAAAACUUCUCACAUCCAUGUUCUAA